UGUGCUUCCCCAUUCCAAUAAGAAAACAACAACAACAACAACCAAAAGAAAAACAACAACAUCGCGCAGCAGUGCCAAAACUUUGCCGUCCCGAGUCUUGAAUUCAGUUGACUUUUGAACGUUUCUACGCGAAAUUGCAGCCAUGCCGCGUGCGGCGUGAAAUUGUGAAUACGUUGAAAAGCCGUCGCCAAUUGUGAAUUGUAAUUAAACAAAAUUUAAAUACAUAUUAUAAAACCUAACUGAGUGGCAGACAUAUUGAGUAUUAGCAACAACAAUUUGCUGUUGUUGUUAUUGUUGUUGCUCGUCCAUUCGGUGGCACUUGGUAAACUUUUAAUAUUCAACGCGAUUUGCGUGUCUGUUUAUCAGUUGUGUGUCUAUUGUUAAUUGUGUGUUUAAUGUGUGUGCGCUUGUGUGUGUUAUGCUAAUUUUUUGUUUACCAUCAUUUUCGCUAGCGUUAUGCAAAUGUAUCUGUAAACUGGGCGGCGUAUCUCUAAACAUACUUGUAUCUGUACCCGUAUCUGCAUCGGUAUCUGUAUCUCCAUCUGUGUGUCGUGUCUGUAAGUGUCGUGUCAUUUAUGUCAUAGUGUUACGCACUGGAAAAACGGCAACUGUUUAAAUGUAUAUGCAUUCGCAUUUUAAUUAAAUUCGUAUAGUUUGGCAAACAAACAAAACGUUUGCUGUCGAACAAUAAAUGCGUUUUAAAAGCAAUUAAAAUUCGUAUAACCACAACAACGACAAAAAGGCCAUAAAGAAUAAUAACCCAAUUGCCUCAUUUACAUACAUCAUAAAAACAAAUCAACGACAUCAAUUGGAAAGAUAUUCGGCAUUAUAAAGUCAAUCGACCUCGGAUCAGCAGUCAACGCGUGACUAUCCGCAGUUGAGCGGCGACUAUCACAACGUGCAGCUACAGGUCGCCGCCGUCGCUGCCAGUUCCAAGAUGUAUCACAGCAGCAGCGCCGCUGCAGCGGCCGCCUACACAGAUUUGGCCGCUGCCGGGGGCGCUGCCAGCGUCUCCGGUUAUCAUCAUCAGCAGGCGGUCAAUGCGCCCGUCUAUGUGCCCUCCAAUCGCCAAUAUAACCACGUGGCGGCACAUUUCGGUAGUGCCGCAGCUGCACAGAAUGCCUGGUCAACGGAUAGCUUUGGAUCGGCGCAUGCGCAGCUGCCGGCGCAGUUCUAUACACAGAACGCAGCGGUCAUGAUGGCGCCCUGGCGCAGCGCUUACGAUCCAACUGGCUUUCAGCGCUCCUCCCCCUAUGAGAGCGCCAUGGAGUUUCAGUUCGGCGAGGGGCGCGAAUGCGUCAACUGUGGUGCCAUCUCCACGCCGCUUUGGCGACGCGACGGCACCGGCCACUAUCUCUGCAACGCUUGCGGACUGUAUCACAAGAUGAACGGCAUGAACCGGCCGUUGAUAAAGCCCAGCAAGCGACUGGUGAGUGCAACCGCCACGCGUCGCCUAGGCUUGUGCUGUACGAACUGUGGCACUCGCACCACCACGCUCUGGAGACGCAACAACGAUGGGGAGCCAGUGUGCAAUGCCUGUGGCCUCUACUUCAAGUUGCACGGCGUCAAUCGGCCACUGGCCAUGCGCAAGGAUGGCAUCCAGACGCGCAAGCGAAAGCCCAAGAAAACAGGCAGCGGCUCCACAGCGGGAACUGGUUCGGGAUCGAGCUCUACCACGGAGGCCAUCAAGGAGUGCAAGGAAGAGCAUGAUCUCAAGCCCACGCUUAGCCUGGAACGACACAGUCUCAACAAGUUGCAUACGGAUCUGAAGAGCUCGCUGGCCGGCAGUGCGGUCAGCAGCCUAAUGGGGCAGCAUCACAGCCAGCAGCCGCAGCAGCAGUCGGCACCGUCACAUCAGCAAUGCUUUCCACACUACGCCCAGCAGCACCAGCAGCACCAGCAGCAACAACAGCAGCAACAGCAGCAGUCGCAGCACCAACACCUCAGCCACCAAUCCCAGCUGAGUGCCAGGCAGUUGCAUGGAGCCGGCUCGCAGCUGUACACGCCCAGCAGCAGCUCCGCGGCCUCCGCGUACACGACGCACAGCAGCAAUGCCGCAGACACGCCCACACUAAGCAACGGCACGCCCUCGCCUCACUAUCAACACCAUCAUUUGCACGCCGCCGCCGCGGCGAGCAGCUCGCAUGGACACCAUGCAGCGGCGGCUCAUCACCACAUACACGCGGCCGCAGCUGCCGCGGCAUAUGGUGUCAAAACGGAGGCGACUGCCACCAAUUAUGACUAUGUGAACAACUGCUAUUUUGGGGCCUCAUUUGGGGCCCUGGGCGGAGCCGCCUCGUCGGCAAUGGCUGGUGGGGCGACCGGCGAUCUGGCCGGGUACCAUCAUCAGCACAAUGUCAUCCAGGCCGCCAAGCUGAUGGCGACAUCCUGAGCGGCGGCGGCGGCGGUGACGGCGGGCACUGUGAUCUCUUCUCCACAACACACACAGCGUACUACAGACACCUUCGUUGGAGCCUCGUUGGAAUGGUAUUGAAAAGACUUUUGAAUUAGUUUUACAUAAGUUGCAAUUAGAUUUUUAUGGCUUGUAAAUAACUGCACGAAAGUUUUGUACAAAUAUUUGUUUAUCGCCUUGUUCCGUUUCCCUUAACCACUACGUAAGUCUCCAGUUAGUCUAAGGUUUAGUUUUAUACACCAAUGUGUAAAGUGUUUGCAUUAACCUCUUUCUCUAACUAGCAUAAAUCAUCCAUGUCAAAUACAAUGCGCACCCAAUCAUAGAUCAUUUAGCCAUAUUUUAGUAGAAUAUCUUAUAAGUCCAUGAAUAUUACCAUUUAAAUAAA